AUGACGAGCUUUCGGCGAAGUUCAGACAUGGUCGUGUGUGAUGUGUAUGUGGUGUGCGGGGAGAAAGAGUCCGAGAACGAUGCGAUUGACACGGGAAUCAGCGAAUCAGGCUACGGGUUGCAGAUCGAAGAGUGGAAAGGCGAAGGUGCGAGAGGGAUCCUCAGUACCGAUGCAGAUGACACUUUGAACUGCUUCUUCCAAGGUUGGCAAAAGGCAGCAGGCGAUCAGGUGAGUGCAGUCUGGUCGUCGAUAGCGAGGAUGCACCGACAAUCGAGAUGCGUGAACUGCGCUGAGAUCGGUGAUCGAACGGCGAAUCGAGACGUCGAAGAGCAGUGUAGGCAGACGGUGCUGACAGUGACGACGAGGAGAAGACGUGCAAAGCGGGUGAUCAAGGAUGGACGUUGGGUGUUGAUGAUGGUCGAGGGAAAGUUGAAAGACCGAGCGCUGAAAUUGCUGCGGUUCCGUCGUCGUUACCGCUGCGCGCUGUCUGACUGA